UGGAGGCCGCGGCUGGACGCUCGGGGAGCUCCGGGGCGCCUGGGAGCCUGUUCUCCUCGAGGUGGGCACGCUCGUCCCCCACCCCAUCCCGGCCUGGUGCCCUCCGGGCCGGAGGCCUGCGGACAAGGUGCUGACUAGCGGCCCCAGGCCUCUGCUCCCUGCGCUGAGGUCCCGCCAUGGCCCAGCAGAGAGCCCUGCCGCAGAGCAAGGAGACGCUGCUGCAGUCUUACAACAAGCGGCUCAAGGACGACAUCAAGUCCAUCAUGGACAACUUCACGGAGAUCAUCAAGACCGCCAAGAUUGAGGAUGAGACGCAGGUGUCCAGGGCCACUCAGGGCGAGCAGGACAAUUAUGAGAUGCACGUGCGAGCAGCGAACAUCGUCCGAGCCGGUGAGUCCCUGAUGAAGCUGGUGUCUGACCUCAAGCAAUUCCUCAUCCUGAAUGACUUUCCGUCGGUGAACGAGGCCAUCGACCAGCGUAACCAGCAGCUCCGAGCACUGCAGGAGGAGUGUGACCGGAAGCUCAUCACCCUGCGGGACGAGAUCUCCAUCGACCUCUACGAGCUGGAGGAGGAGUAUUACUCGUCCAGCUCCAGUCUUUGCGAAGCUAAUGAUCUGCCUCUGUGCGAAGCUUACUGGAGGCUGGACCUCGACACAGACACUGCUGAUGGCCUUGCGGCCCCUCUGCUGGCGUCCCCGGAGCCCAGCGCUGGCCCCCUGCAGGCCACCGCCCCUGCCCACUCCCAUGCUAGCGGCCCCGACCCCACAGAGCAUGCCUGAGCCUCUCUAGCUUCCUCCUAGGAUCUUGGGAACAAAAUUUGGUGCUCCCUCCUUCCACCACAGCCUCACUCCUCUCAGCCUUAGCUCCCGCUUGGGGAGCCUCUCUGGCCUCCUUGGCAACCUCGUCGGCCCAGGGACAGCUCACCCAGGAGUGUGGAGAUAAACCAUUUCCAGGGUGGCCCACUCUUCCUAGUCACCUCUGUUCACUACCUUCCCGGCGCUGGGUGGAAGGCAGUUUCCAGAGCAGUCUGGCCUGCUGAGACCCUAACAGCAGGCAGAGAGGAUGCCUAAUGCUGGGAGACCUGACUUGAGCCUGCUGUCUAAAGUGGGGAGGGGGGCUCUGGGUGGACAGUACUGGCCAAAUCCAGACCAGGCCUCCUGUGUAGAGCCACCAGAGGGUCCCUGCAGGGCUGGGGUUGGGGCGCUGUGGUUCUCACAGAAGUCUGACAGGCAGGGGUCCUUCCUGGUUCAGCUGCAUACACAUUCUGUUUUGUUCUGUAAAAGACUGUUGAAUAAAAAUAGCUCUGCCCUUUU